AUGAGUACGUUUUUGAAAAAGCUAUGUCCCAAGAUAAAAGAUUUUGACGCAGCAGCAUAUGACUAUCUCAAAAAUGUGGAAGAGCAGUGGAGUGUGCACAUGUUUGACAGGACAGUUUGUUGUUAUCAUAACACAACAAACUUCGUGGAGUCAUUCGAUGCAAUAACAAAGGCCAACAGGGACAUGCUGUAUUUCAGGAAUUGGUGCAUGAAAAGGAUGGGUUCCAGGUUCGAUAAAGCAGUAAGCAUGGAACCUAAUGAUCUAACAGAGCAUGCAAAGGGGGUGCUGGCGACUAGGACUGAUGAUUCUAGGUUCUGCCAUGUCACUGCAGCUGGUGGUGGAGAGUUUGAGGUGAGGCAUGGCCAUGACAAGUUCCCUAUCACCCUUGGAAAUAUGACUUGUGGGUGUGGGAAAUGGCAAGGAUCAGGGAUCCCUUGCAAACAUGGGCAAAGGGUCAUUUACAACCAGAGACUUGAUCCUAGGGACUUUGUCCCACCUUUCUACAAGGGGACUGCUUACAAACUCACUUAUGGAGACCACAUCCACCCCAUGGCUGAUCCAACUCACUGGCCUUCACUAGAUGUGCCAGAAAUUGCACCACCCCAAGGGAAAAGAAAUGCUGGCAGACCACCUAAGCAAAGGAGAAGAACUGCUCAUGAGGCAAAAAAAAUGAAAGAGCCAUAA